AGGAGCAUCUGAAAGCGCUGUAGAAGAGUAAAGGAUAACAUCACAUCAGAGCUGUCCAAGUGUUUGUAAAACCUGCUACAUACCGCUCUGGACUGACCUGCUUCAUAUAAAAAUAGCUGACACGCGGGGAAGUAUUCUUCACGUGUGAAGAAUGAAUCAGCACAAAGUGCUGGAGCAGCUGUUGGAGCAGCUGCAGAGGUUCCUAAAGAUCCUGGAUGGAGAAAAACUGAGUGGAAAUGCCAUUGUACAAAAGGGCGUGCUGAUGGAACUUCUGCAAUCUUACAAGUCUUCCAAUGGAGAAGAUGAAGAAUACAUCUAUAUGAAUAAAGUCAUCGUCACAGGUCAAAGCAAAACAGAGAAAGACUACAGAUCAGAAGCCAACAGAGAACCAGGUAACCCACCAGAACUUCCUCCUCCCAGACCAUGCAACCUAGGAAGGGAUCCUUUUCCUCUACCACCAACUCCUGCUCCAGCGUCAAUAGAGGGUGAAGGAUACUAUGAAGAGGCUCAACCCUAUGACUCAACCAUCAAUGAAGACAUAGAAGCAGUGAGCAGUUCAUAUGAGUCAUACGAUGAGGAAGAGGUGACAAAGGGCAAGUCCACAGCACAGCACCAGUGGCCAUCCACAGAGGCAUCCAUCGAGCUAAUGAAGGAUGCACGGAUCUGUGCCUUCCUCUGGAGGAAAAAAUGGCUAGGCCAGUGGGCCAAACAGCUGUGUGUCAUUCGAGAACAUCGUCUCCUGUGCUACAAAAGCUCGAAGGACCAGACACCAUUGCUGGACAUCAGUCUGCUGGGCUGCAGUGUCAUCUACAAAGAGAAACAAACAAAGAGGAAAGAACACAAGCUGAAAAUAUACCCACUGGGUGGAGAAGCCAUUGUCCUGGGUCUGCAGAGCAAAGAGCAGGCUGAACAAUGGCUGAAGGUUAUUCAUGAAAUAAGUCCUAAAAACACUGCGGGAUCUGAAGUAAAUGAUUUCCCAGCGCUCAUAUGUACUAAGGGUGAACAUACCGAGAGGUACUCAGUGACAUCUGAGAGUGGGAGCAGCACAGACAGUCACCCAGAGAACCUGGAGAACAAAGAUGUUAAGAAGAAGUACGGCAAGUUUAGUAACCUUAUAAACAUUGGGAAAAAGAAGGUUUCGUCUUUGGAGAGCCCAGAUAAGACAGUGGAUAAAUCAGGCCACCUUAACGUCCUUGUAAACACCCAAUGGCAAAGCCGGUGGUGUUCAAUAAAGAACAGGAAGCUUUGGAUCUACUACGACAAAAGUAAGAGCAAAGUGGCCCAGCAGCCAGUCCCUCUAGAGGGGUGCAUGGUCCAGCCAGACCCCAGUCCCGAGCACCUCUACUCAUUUCGUAUUCAGAUGGACGGAGAGGAGCUCGCAGCCUUAGAAGCUAAAUCUUCUGCUGAUAUGGGCCACUGGCUGGGGCUCAUACUUUCGCAGACUGGAACCAAAAUAGACCCAGAAGAUCUCACCUAUGACUAUGUAAACUCUGAGAGGAUAUCCACUAUUGUUAAUGCUGCCAAGACAUCCAUGUAUCUAAUGCAAAGGAGAUACUCUGAGCCCAACACGUAUACAGACAGCCCUCCGUCAGACCCCAAUGCCUGUGAUGACAUAUACGAUGAGGUGGCAUCCACAGAGAAUGAACAGGAGGAGGUUCAAGAGGUUCAAAAUGGCAGCAGUGAGAUAACCACAAGUGCUGAGCAGAAUGGGAAGGACAGAAUUUAUCUGGAUCUGAUCACAGUUCGCUCUUUUCUGCACACGAGUUCGGGCAGAGUGUCACCAAAGAUGUCCAACUCUCUACACACAGAGACCAGUCCAUCAGCAGUUCCACGUGAUGAGCAGCAGCAUCCUGAGCCUGUAUAUGAAACUUCAUUACCAAGCAGCACAGAGCACCUUGAUCCGCCACCUCUUGUCCCAAGAAUAGAUGCAGACCCCUCUCCAACCCCCAGUGUACAUGUCCAGACUCAAAGAAUCAGUUUCCUUGGCCAGGACAUCCAGAAGAAGGCAUCUCCCACCUCACCGCCAUCCCAACCCCAAACAUCUGCACAUACGCCCCAGAGUCCGCCAAACUCCAGAGGAAUAGCAGCCAGCACGGAUAGACUUCUUGAUAGACUCAAGGUCUCUCCUGCAGCAGGCUCAGGGUCAGUCGAGGUGAAGUUAGGGAAGAACAGAACAGAGGCCGACGUGCGACUUUACUCUGAAGAGAGAGAUCGGUUGGAGCGAGAGAGAGAAGAGGUUAAGAACACUCUGGCCACAUUGAGGAAAGACAGACGGGAGGUGAAAGGGGAACUGAGCUCCUGCCAAGACCCGACCCAGCAGGCCUCUCUGGAGGCACGUCUGAAGCAGAUGGAAGAGACAUGUCGUGAGGCGGAGUGCCGGCGAGUUGAUGUGGAGCUUAGUUUGAUGGAGGUGAAGGAGAAUUUGAGAAAGGUGGAAGCUGGACCCUUUACACUGGGCACCACAGUAGAUAGCAGUCUACUGGACACUUCAACGCCCAAGGCAGCACCUGUCUCCACCCUUGCUCCAAAUAUGCCAACCAACAAUGAAGAUUCACCUAUCAACUCUGCCACAGUGCUGAAAAACAGACCCCUGUCCAUCAUGGCAUCCAACAAAGGAAAUGUUCUGCAGAAGGCCAUGGAAUGGGAGAAAAAAAUCAACAACCUAGUGGAUGAGAAUUAAAAGAGCAAAUUGACUUUUUAGCUAAAGCUCAAAUGACUGCUAAAGCAAAUGCUUCAGGCAGGUAGGGAGAGAGGGUGUGUCCAAAGACCUGCAAGCUCCACCCUUCUGAAACCACACCAUCCCCCAUACCUGCUCAUCUGCAAUCAAGAGGCUGAGAUGGUACUGGGUACAUGCAGGCAGCUGAUGCAAUACAAUACUUUAAAAUGCCCCAAUGUUUCCCAGCCAAAUAAUGCCACUGGACAAUGAUAGAUUUUAAAUAUAUUUUUAUGUAAGAAAAAGGAAAGGAUUUAUUGAGUUUAUAAGUUUAUACAGUGGUGUGCACAUAAUAUGAUUGGUGUUACAUAAGCUUGAGAAGAGACCAUUGGAAGAGCAAUGAAAACCACUAUUUUUAGAUUAAAACAUGGAAUCUAAAGUGAAGACCUUUAAAUCAGCCAUUUGGUACACCUGGUACAUUGUAGCUUGGUUCAUAUAUGCUGGUAGCCAAGAUGUGAAUAUACAUAUUACAUAUCCGUUCAGUGUUGUUUUGAUUUGUUACUGUACGCUAGCUGAAACAUGCACUUUUUAUUCAAAUAAAUGUUUGUACUGACAACAAUGCACAUU